CCUCUCAUACCCACAGUGGCAGCUGGGUCACGCUAGAAACUUCAGUUGCUAGGACUUCCCAGGUGAAAUCGGAACUUCCAUUUCCCCCUGUAUUUUCUCAGUCUUUUCAAGAGAUAUUCUUGUAGACAUUUGUGCUGGGCAGCCCUGGGAAGGCUCUUUCCUGAGAAGGCAAGCUCUUGGCUGUGAUAUUAUAUUGCAGUCAUGGCGCCUAAGAAGAAGAAUGUCAAAAAGAGCAAGGCGGAUAUCAACGAGCUGACCAUCAUAGUGGAGGAUGGGCCCCUCAGCAAGCUGAAUGGUCUGAAUGGCCUUUUGGAAGGAGGGAAUGGCUUCAGCUGCGUCUCAACCGAAGUUUCUGACGCUCUCUAUAGUCCCAAUCUGCUGGAAGGGCUGUGCAGAAUGAGGCUGGAAAACUUCCUCUGCGAUCUAGUUAUUGGCACCAAAACCAAGUCCUUUGACGUCCACAAGGUGGUGUUGGCUUCAUGCAGUGAUUACUUCCAUAACAUCUUGAAGAAGGAUCCAUCUACACAAAGAGUGGACCUCAACGAUGUCUCUCCCCUGGGCCUAGCUACUGUCAUUGCAUAUGCGUACACUGGGAAGCUCACACUCUCACUGUACACCAUAGGGAGCGUCAUCUCCACAGCCAUUUAUCUUCAGAUCCGUACCCUUGUGAAGAUGUGCAGUGACUUUCUGAUGCAAGAAAUUAACGUGGAAAAUUAUAUGUACAUUGCCAACAUUGCAGAGACCUAUGGACUAAAGAAUGCCAAGGAAGCAGCACAGAAAUUCAUUAGAGACAACUUCAUUGAGUUUUCUGAAUCGGAUCAGUUCUUAAAACUUACCUUUGACAGGAUCCAUGAACUACUUGCAGAUGACGAUUUGCAGUUGCCUUCUGAACUUGUUGCAUUCCAGAUUGCAAUGAGAUGGCUGGAAUUUGACCAAAAAAGAGCAAAAUACGCUGCUGAUCUUUUGAGCAACAUUCGGUUUGGUACCAUCUCAGCCCAAGACUUGGUGAAUUAUGUUCAGACAGUACCAAGAAUGAUGCAAGAUUCAGAUUGCCAUAGACUUCUGGUGGAUGCCAUGAAUUACCACUUACUUCCCUACCACCAGAAUACCUUGCAGUCUAGGAGAACGAGGAUACGUGGAGGGUUGCGAGUCCUUGUUACAGUUGGGGGACGCCCUGCUUUAACUGAGAAAUCCCUUAGUCGAGACAUUUUAUACAGAGAUCCUGACAAUGGGUGGAAGAGACUCACCGAGAUGCCAGCUAAGAGCUUCAACCAAUGUGUCACUGUGAUGGAUGGAUUCCUUUAUGUGGCAGGAGGUGAAGACCAGAAUGAUGCCAGAAAUCAGGCUAAGCACGCAGUCAGCAAUUUUUGCAGGUACGAUCCUCGCUUCAACACGUGGAUUCACCUGGCCAACAUGAAUCAAAAGCGCACUCAUUUCAGUCUGAAUGUAUUCAAUGGCCUCCUUUAUGCUGUUGGCGGCCGCAAUUCUGACGGGUGUCUCUCUUCAGUCGAAUGUUAUGUCCCUGCAAUUAAUCAGUGGCAAAUGAAGGCACCGCUGGAGGUGGCUAGGUGCUGCCACGCUAGUGCCGUCAUUGAUGGUAGGAUCCUGGUCACAGGAGGCUAUAUAAACAAUGCUUAUUCCCGCUCUGUCUGCAUGUAUGACCCUGCUAGCGACAGCUGGCAAGACAAGCCCAGCCUAAGCACUCCGAGGGGCUGGCACUGCGCCAUUUCCCUGGGGGAAAAGGUCUACGUCAUGGGGGGGUCUCAGCUGGGAGGUCGGGGUGAAAGAGUCGAUGUGCUUCCCGUUGAGUGCUACACCCCUUAUCCCGGCCAGUGGAAUUACGUUGCUCCUCUCCCAACGGGUGUGAGCACCGCAGGCGCUUCCAUCCUUAAUGGGAAAAUGUACUUAGUGGGAGGCUGGAAUGAAAUAGAGAAGAAAUACAAGAAGUGUAUUCAGUGCUACAACCCCGACCUGAAUGAAUGGACCGAUGAGGAUGAGUUACCUGAAGCCACCGUAGGCGUGUCGUGCUGCACCAUCGCCAUGCCCAACAAUAAGACCAGGGAAUCCAGGGCUAGCUCCGUAUCCUCAGUGCCGGUCAGCAUUUAAGGGCGCAGUCCUAUGCAUGUUUAGGCAGAAAAACGCCCUACAAGUCCCAGCAUUCCCCACCCAGCCAUUUCUUUCUAAACAUGCAUAGGAUCGUGUCCUAACUAUUUAAAAAUGUAAGUUUAAAAGAGCUAGGUUCAAUUUUUUUUUAAAAAAAGUUUACUUUAGACAACCACAUUAUAAUCCCCGUAAAAAGCCAUGUGUACCUACAGGGGGGGAUUGUGGGAGAUGGGGAACAUUUACAUGCCAGUGGCUUUAAAAUCCAGUUUUGCAAAAUUGGCCAAUUUUUAAGAUAUAGCAAAUACAUGGUAUGACCCAAGACACUUUAAAAGUAGUAUAUUUGUUUAGCACAAAACAGAGGCCUUCAGUUUGUCCCCAGACUUUGAGUAUUGAGAUUUUGUUGUUGUUGUUCCUAACAAUUUAUGGCCUUUUAAAUUCUCCAAUAUGAUAGAAAUGGUUUAAAAAACCCCCAAACCCUCACUUCUUCCCUGCUACUUCUAAACAGAUCAUCCUGUUUUUAAAAGUUUCAUGUCCUGCAUAAAAUCAUGAAGUAAAUAUUGGAUGGAUUAAUAUUUCUAUAGAUCAAGAAAUUACAUUAAAAUAAAAUGAUGCAUUUUUGGUGCCCUGCAGUGGUAUUGUGGUGGAUCACACUGCACAUAAUUCAAGAACAUUUUCCUAUAUUAAUUGGAAUUUAUCUUAUUUUGCCAUUUGAUGUAAUUUAACUCUUCAUGGCAGCUAAGAUCAAUAGAUUCUGAAUCCCACUGUGUAUAUUUGGAUCUUGAGCAUUUUUUAAUCUUGAAUUACUCUCAAGGUCUAUUCCACAAGUUGCAUUGAUUUUGACAUUCAGCAGACAGACAAAUAGAUUUUAGACAUGCCACAUAGAACUAUCCAUUUGAGAUUCUCUUUUGCAAUGCAUGGAGAGCUAUCAAACCCUUUACAAGUCAGAGCACCGCAAGCAUACUUGUUCCUUUUAUAUAUCCCUGAAGCUUCACACUUGACUUCUUUCCUGCUGCAGUUUCCACACACAAGACAGAAAAUACUGUCAAUAAAAAGUUCAUAAUAUCAUUUAAAGCAUUUCCAGGCACUGGAGGAAAACAAUGUUAUGAAAAGGCCCAGGGAAGUCUAUAAGGGAUCACAAGUGCACAAAAUUUUGUGAGUACUACCCAAGAUCAGCAACCCAUGACUCUGGAUUGUACUCUGUAUAUGCAACCUUAAGAAUGCUCAGAAGGAAGUUCCAUUCAAGUUAAUGGAGCAUAUUUCUAAGUAGAUAUAUAUAGAAUCACAGCCUAAGUUCUCAUUUAAAUUCAUCUUGAUCAUACCAUGUAGAUUUGUAGAAACCCUACAAAAUGAAUGUAGCAUUUUCCUAAAUUUCCUAAAUUCAUUUGGCCUAUAACAAAAAUGGUCUCUACACUACCAUUUUUUCCAUUGCCACACGGUACACUGAAAUAUUACCCUAAUGACUCAUAAUAAUAGGUAAGCUGCAAUUGGAAACAUUUUUUGGUCCAAUAAAUAGUUGAAGUUGAAGUAGUACCAUUUAGGGUCGAAUGAUGAGAUUUUUGGGAUCCAACACCUUAAUGUUAAUUUAAUAAAGCAUUACCACUUGAAUUGCUUAUAUGAUGUAGUAUUGGAAGACGAAGAAUCAGGUGCAAUUAGAUGAGUCUGGAAAGCCGUUUUUGUGUCAUUUAUAUACUUGAAUGGCCCCGUCAGUGUCACUCAGUCAUACAUCAAAGCAAUAUUGUAACGCUAGAAAUCACUUCUGUUUCUUCACAAUCUGCAUGAGAAAACGACCCAAUUCGUGUGGGUUUUGUACGUGUGUGUGCGUGCGUGUGUGCGUGUGCGCAUGUGUGAGUGAAGGUAAAUCAUAGACCAGAAGCCUGCUUGCUUUUGGGCCAAUGCAAAUACCCCACCAAGCUUAAGUAUUGCAGAGCCACACAGCCUGGUGUGUUUAAAAUAGGGGCAGUGGGAAUGUAUGCUGCAGGUUCCCAGUGGGCCUUGUAAUGCCUGCCAGUUGCAGGAGUUCUGGCAAAGAAUCCUGGGUCUGAUCCAGCAUGGCACCUUCAAAGCAAGAGUUAAGUCGACUCAGUGUGGAGAGCUGCCAAGGCCCCAUCAGUGCUGACGCCGCUGCAAGGGUCCCCCUUUUCCGGUGUCUUGGUAAGUGUUUGACACCACUACUGCAAUUGCCCUACAGUGUGUGGGAGUUGUCAUGGGGGGAUCUGGAACCUUUCAAAAGGUUUAUUGUAACAUUGAUCUUCUUUUAACACUCUUGGCAAUAGUAUUUGCUAUUGGUAAUCACGGGUUUCUGGAAGUCACAAUCCAACAACAUCUGGAGGGCCACCUGUUUCCCCGGCCUCACGGGGCAUUGUGGGCAAUUACAAUGUCACCUGCUUUGCGCUACUUAGCCAAAUACCACCAACAUGCGCCUCCUGCAUAUUUCCACAUCUAGACAGUAGGCAGAUGGGAGAGCUGCAUGCGAACAUGGUGGCUGCCUCCACACAUGGGGAGCCCACUGGGGGACUGGGCCCUGGCAGGAGGAUGCAUUAGGGAUCACACAGAGAUCCUCAGCAGGUACACUUCCUCAUGAUUGGUGGAGUACAGGGAUUCCAGUAAGGGGGAGAGGGAGCGGAGCAUUUAAGUCUGCUGCUGAUCUCAAUGGGGUAUAUAUACAUAGAGCCUCAGCACACAAUCCCCAUCUUGAGGGGCAGUGUCUGUACCUGCUUUAAAAAAAAUCACACAUACGUGGGGUGUGCCUUUGAUUCCCCCUCUUACUAUUCCACCGAGGAGAGUGAGGGAGAGAUGUGUUGUUGGUACCUGCCAUAUUCGGUUUCCUCAGCUUUCCCGAAGAGAUGUGUGCAGGCUUUCCAUCUGUAAAGGAUUUUGAAGAGAGGGGAAGGGAACAGAAGCCGAAUUGUGCCUUGGAGCCUUGUGUGUAGUGAGGCCAGAGGGUCAUCACCGUCUCUCGUCACUGCACAGCUUACCAUCCAGUUCCGAGUGCUGUGAAACAUGCGGCUAAGCUUCUCCGUGUGCAGCUUCGCCGUUCCAGUACUGGCAUGCAGCAGAGCUGCCCCAGCUAGUCACGCAGACUUUGGAGGCGGGGCCUUGCAGGAAAGAUAGAAGGAGAAGUUUUGCAGAACCGGCCAAGCCCCGUUCGUUGGGAAGCCAUUGCAGAGAGUGGGACCUGGGAAAAGAGUGCACUCAUGGCCGCUUCUGUGGACCACCAUCCCUUGUGUCCAUUUUUAAAUUUAUUAGGAUUCUGGCUUUUCCUGAGGUGUUCCUGAGUGAUGAGAUGCGGUUAUUAUGUAUGAAAGGAAUGAAAUCAGGGAUAAUUCUGGGCUAGCCUGGCUCAAAGAUUAUGAAAUUCAGAACAGAUAGAAGUACUUCUUCCUGCAACGCAUCAUGGAUUGAUGGCAUGCAUUGCCACAGGAUGAUGUUCCUGGCUUUGAAAAGGGAUGGGCUGGAUCUCUGGAUCAUGGAGGGUGGAUCUCUCAAUGGCUGUUAGCUAUGGAGGCUAUAUGGAGCUUCCAGCUUCAGGGGCAGCAUACCAGUUGCUUAUCAGCCUCAGUGGUAUGCAGGACUAUUGUUUUCAAGUCCUUCUUGUGGGCGUUCAAGGAGCAUGCUGUGCUCAGCAGGGUGCCGGACCAUUGCUCUGAUCCAGCAGGGCUCUUUGGGGGUAAUUAGGUAAUUUUUUUAGCUAGUAAUUGGGGCUUUAAAGCUCUGAAGCCACUGAACAGGCACAGGAGACGUCCAGAGGAAGGGCUGCUACAGCCAUUGCUAAGAAACCAGGGCGCUGCCAUCUUGUCUUUUCCUUCUCAGUGGGUUUUUGGCAUGAAGAAAAAAGAUAGAAAAUGUGGGAAUACAUGAAAAACACCUCACCUGGAAGCACCCCGAUGCACACUUUUAGAACACAAUCAGUGACAACAUUUUGGAAUAUCACACUGAAAACCCAUUGAACUGUUAGGGGUGACUACAGAAGUGGUGAGACUGAAGGCACUUUCUGCACAGAUAACUGCAAUUUGAGUAGCCCCAUCCAUUUCAACAGUGAUACUCACUGGUUAGAAUAACGGCUUGUGCCACAGUGAAUCACUUCCAAUUGUUCAACCUCCCAUAGAUCCACAAACUCCAGAGUCAAGACACUGGAGUUAACUAUACGUACUUUUCCCAGUUAGAUCAGCUGAGACUAGGAAACCAAGCAAGACUGUAAUGCUAUUGCCAAGAGUUACCACCUUUUAUAUGGAACCUGUCCUAGUCCUGUUAAGGCAAGCCUGACAUGCAGAAAUUGGGUGGUUUAAGCUUUUUCAGGCAUAGAUAAGUGGGAAGUAGAGAAAAUCCCCCAGGCUGAUUUCUUUGGGCCAGGCAAUAGUGAAAGGCAGAGAAGUUGGACUAGUAAAGAAACGAGUGACCCUGAGCCACAGAAAGGACGCCUACAACAUGUUGACAGAUUGAAAGGCGGUAAAAAAUGCUAAUGAUAAACAGAUGUUAAUCACAAGACAGUGUAUAUUGUUUGCACUUUUCUAUCCAAAAGAUCUUGAAAGAAUAAGGGUAAGUGGAUGUCAGAUGAGAUGUCUGGAUAGUACAUGUUGUAUGAUAAAAGAGAAAGGCUACUGUCACUGGAAAUUAAAGAUUAUGCUAAUAAAAGUACUGAUGAUUCACUGAUUUACAAUGUGGUAGAUUGUAAGUAAUGAAUGUGAAUGCGGAAAGCAUAUCAUUUGGUGUAAAUUUGCUUUUUACAUUGUAGAUAUAAAACUCAGAAAUGGAAA